AUGAACGUGGGACUUAUAAAUAGAUCCACAUGUCUGCAGAAGCGGAGGAAGGAGAACGUAAUCAAAGGAACGAAGAGGCUUUCCCUCUGGACAUCCUCAAAAGAGGUGACCGCAUCAAUCUAUGAAGCCCCCCCUGGUGCCAGAACAGAGAGUAAGAAAAGGAAUAAAUUCCGUCUGUGGAGAAGAGAUCAAAUCUGGAGAGAGGGGGAGAUGACAAAGGAGGACAACCAAAUGGAAGGGCAUCCGGAAGUUCAGAUCCGCGCGAGACUAGACGUACAUGGUUUUGAUUAA